AUGAAGUUUACCUCCUCCCUUGUUUUUGCUCUCGGCUUUGCCGCCCAAUCUUUGGCCUUUGCCCCUGCCAUGGCACCCAAGCUGUCUACUUCCUUGAACGCUGGUGUCCUUUCCAAGACCACCGGACAGUCCUCUUUGGAUCCUGCCGUCAUUGCCAAAUACAACUCUCUUCCUUUCCCUGAGGACAGCAUCCUUGCCGAGUACGUGUGGACCGAUGCCGUUGGAAAUACGCGUUCCAAGACUCGUACUCUUCCUGCUGCCAAGGGAAAGUCUGUCGAAAGCUUGCCAAAGUGGAACUUUGAUGGAUCUUCCACCGACCAAGCUCCAGGUGACGACUCCGAGGUCAUCCUCCGUCCAUGCCGUAUCUUCAAGGACCCCUUCCGCCCUCGCUCUGACGGAAUCGACAAUAUCCUUGUCAUGUGCGAUACCUACACUCCCGCUGGAGAACCUUUGGAAACCAACAACCGUGCUUUUGCCGCCAAGGCAUUUGAAGGCAUGGACGACGAAGAAGUCUGGUUCGGAAUGGAACAAGAAUUCACCCUCUUCAACUUGGAUGAGCGCACACCCCUUGGUUGGCCCGAAGGUGGCAUGCCCAGCCGUGCCCAAGGUCCCUACUACUGCUCGGUCGGUCCAGAGAACUCUUUUGGACGAGCCAUCGUUGACGCCAUGUACAAGGCUGCCCUUUACGCCGGAAUCACCAUCUCUGGGACCAACGGAGAGGUCAUGCCUGGACAACAAGAAUACCAAGUCGGACCAUGCGUCGGAAUUGAUGCUGGUGACCAACUUAUGAUGUCCCGAUACAUCCUGCAACGAGUCUGUGAAGACUUCCAAGUCUACUGCACGCUUCACCCCAAGCCAAUCGUCGAGGGAGACUGGAAUGGUGCCGGUAUGCACACCAACGUUUCCACCAAAUCAAUGAGAGAAGAAGGUGGGCUUGAGGUAAUCAAGAAGGCCAUCUACAAGUUGGGCGAGAAGCACGCCGAACACAUUGCCAUUUACGGAGAAGGAAACGAACUUCGAUUGACCGGAAAAUUCGAGACUGCCUCCAUUAACGAUUUCACUUUUGGUGUUGCCAACCGUGGAGCCUCGGUCCGAAUCGGACGUGACACCUGGGAUGAAGGAAAGGGAUACUUUGAGGACCGUAGACCUUCUUCCAACUGUGACCCUUACCUGGUCAGUGGAAAGAUCAUGUCGACCAUCAUGGGACCCGAGGCUCCUGAAAUCACUCCUUUGGACAAGGAGGAGGCCUAA